GUAUCGUUAAUUAAUUAUUGAGUUCCUAAAUCAGUUGGCAAUAGUUCAAAAGAAAUCUUAUAUUUAAAUACAAGCGCAUCAGAGCAUGAAGAAUAACAAUUCUAUUUUAAAUAAUUAGAUACAAUCAUUAAACAAAUUAUAGUCGACAAUUAGCCAAAUAACAUUAAUCGAUGUCCUAUAAUUUGUCAAGGAAUAAUAAAAAUAUUACAUUGGAUUCACGAUAACAAAAAAUGAGGUUGGCAAACGUAAAACACCUGUGACGAUUGUUAGUUCAAUGGAAUGUGGAAGGGAUAACAUGGCCACCGCCUGGUGACGUUCGUUCGCCGUCGCUAUAUCAAAUGCUUCCAAAAACAGCUGGUAAACAUUUAUCGGUAUAAGUUUUCACGUGAAAAAACUAGUAUUAUAUCCAGUGAGGAAUAUAAAGUACGAUGAUGAACAUGUGGAAAGUGCGGGAAUUAAUGGAUAAGGCGGGCAAUGAUGCAAGAACUGGCUCAAGCUACAUUCACAUACGAGCAAUUUCCUGAAGUAAUGUCCAUGUUGUGGAAAAGGAUGUUGCAAGAAAAUAAACGAAAUUGGCGUCGAACGUACAAGUCUCUGUUGUUGUUGAAUUAUCUAGUUCGUAAUGGAUCAGAACGAGUGGUCACAUCAUCUAGAGAACAUAUUUAUGAUCUUAGAUCUUUAGAAAAUUAUACGUGUAUUGAUGAAUUUGGUAAAGACCAAGGAAUAAAUAUUAGGCACAAAGUCAGAGAAUUAAUUGAUUUCAUUCAGGAUGAUGAUAAAUUAAGAGAAGAGAGGAAAAAAGCUAAGAAAAAUAAAGAUAAAUAUGUAGGUUUAUCAAGUGAAGCAAUGGGUGUAAGAUUUGGCGGAGGGGAUAGGUGGACAGAUAGAUUAAAAUGGGAUAAAACUAAUACAGAUACUUAUAAUGAUUGGGAUCGCGACAGUAGAGGAAAAAGUUUUGAGGAUACAAAUAAUAGUGAUGAUGGCGAGAGAGAAGAUUCCGAUAAUGAUGUUCAUCCCAGCCCAAAAAGAGGAGGAAGAGAAUACAGAGAUACAAUGGAUAGCAUAGAUCGCAUUAAUAAAACUGCUACAUCUAUAACUUCAACAAAUGUUUCACCAGCAAGAGUAACAAGAACUAUUAAAAAAGUAGAUUUAGGGGCUGCAGCAAAUUAUGGAAGAGAACAAUCUAAUAAUGGUAUAUCUGGAUCAAAAAAUAAUUCUUUAUCUACUAAACACAAGAAUAAAAAUGAUAUUUUAAAUGAUAUUUUUGAUUCUCAAAAUGAGAACAAUACCAAAUCGAUUGUUGUUGAUGAUGAUGAUAAUGAUGAUGAUUUUAAUCCAAGAGCAAAUACUCAAUCUAAUGUACAAACUCAGAAUGCAAAUACAGAUUUUGGAGAUUUUACUAGUGCAUUUGGAAAUCCUGCAAUAAAAACGAAAGAUAGCAAUGAUGAAUUUGCAGAUUUUACAUCAGCUUUUAACUCUUCUGUUACAAUAUCUAAUCCCCCAAUGCAGCCACAACUGCCACAGACACAAGUUAAUCUAGUAGGCACAACAAUACUAAAUAUUAAUUCAAUAACAGAUAAUGUAAAUAAUCCGAUGUUUAUCAAUGCCCAACCAUUAAAUACGUCUUCUUUUACAACUAUGCCUCCUACAAAUACAGUUUCUCAAAAUCCUAAUAUGAGUAGUAAUCUGUUUGAUACUUUACAACCACCCAAUGAUCAGCAAUCAUUGAACAAUAAUACAGAUCUUUUAUCAGAUUUAGAUAGCUUAAAUUCUUUGAGUACUGGAUCUAUGGAUAGGCGAGUAAACAAUACCAAUAAUACUAAUUUGUUUUUGAAUAUGAGUUCAACAUCUGCCACAACUAGCCAUGGAGCAACCAAGGUGGAAAAAAGCAUCACUUCAGCUGAAAAUCUUUCAAAAUAUGCUGCAAUUCGACUUUUGGAAGAAUUAUGUUCCAUGGGUCCUAUCAAAAGUUAUAAUAGCUUGGAAAAGCUGAAAUUAUAUAUUUCUGAAUACGUUAAAUUCUUACCAGGUCCACUUACUCCACAAAAAUACUGUAAUCUUGAUUUUAAUUUAGAAAGUGAUUCUAUGUUACAUGGAAAAAUUUUAGAAGAAAUUAUCAAAAAAUUCGAUCAUAAUUGGCCAUUACAAGGAAAUAUUUUAGAUCCAAUAGUUCACCAAUUGAUGAUUAUUGAUGGUGCUACAUUACCAAUAUUAGCUGAAUCUCUAACUGUUUUAGUUUUUGCUUUGAAAGAAACAGAAAAUGAGAGAAAAAUUUUUGCUAUUUCGAUAAUUUUGGAACAGUUAGUGAAAAGUGAUUCUUUGUUUUCCGUAAUAGCAAAUGCAUGCAAAUGUCGAUUUGAAAAUGUAAUGCAAGAAGAAGAAUUUAAUGAAACAUGGCAAAAAACGGUGCAAAUUAUAAUCUCGUAUUUUAAAAUUAUCAGUUUCCAUCUUGCUCAUGCAAUAUCUUUUAUAAAUAUUGGAUUACAUUACAAUAUUAAGGUAGAACUAAAAUUGCUUUCAGUUUUAAUUAAGUGGUGUUUUGAAAAUAAAAAUAAUGAACGAAAUUUAAUUCAGAAUAUAUUAGAAAUCUUAGAUACACGAAGUAUAGAGCCACUAGCUGUAUUAUUUUUGAAACAUUGUGAUGUAAAUCUUGGAGUUUAUGAAAUUUUUGGUAAAGUGUUGUUAAAUUCAAAUUGGAAAUAUACAUUAACAACGAAAAUACCUUUAAUGUGUUAUUAUAAUGAUGAUAGUUUAGUAAUAAAUUUAAUCUCAUAUUUAGCACAAUUUUUAGAUAAAAAUCGUAUCUUGAUCGAAUUAUUCACGAAACUUUUAGAUGUGUGGAGUAAUAAAAGUGCUUUAAAUCAUACCUCCGUAGAACAACACAAGAAUGAUAAAGAUACUAUUCAGAGAUUACUAUUCUCUGGUAUAUCUAUCCAUCUCGAAUCUACACAUAUUAUUUUAAGAGCGAUAGGAAUGUCUGUUGGUGAAAUUUUCAUUGAUGAAUUAUCUGAAUCAAAAUCUGUACCAAAGCUUUCUUUUGAAUAUAAUAUUAUGUCUAAUGAAGUAAUGGAUUUAGUACAAUCUUUAAAAAACUUAGCUUUAAAACCAACUGUCUUAAGAGAAAAGAAAGAAGAUAUUAAAAGAAACGAACUAAUUUUUAAAGAUAUUGAAUUUAAUACAUUGGGUGACAAAAAAUUGUAUGAAUUAGGCGUUGAAUGUAAUCUUUUAUCUAAGAUAAGUGUAAAAAUAAAAGAUGAUAAUAAAGACGAACAAAACAUAGCAAAAUUAAAGGAAUCAACUAUGUUGGAUAAAGAAAUUUUAGAAAAUAAUAUAGACAAGAAUAAUAUCAAAAGUGAUUCGGAACUGGAUAGUGACGAUGAUUUAAUAUCAUAUGAUAUGUCUCACGAUACAAAAGUCAGUGAAAAAUUACGACCAGCGUAUCUACGGGAUUUACGUGAUAAUUUAGUAAAUGAAAAAAAUUCUUCAGACCCAAAUAUUAUUUCAGAAUCUUUAGAAAUUUGUGAAAGAUUGAUAUUAUCACAAUUACCAGGUGAUGACAUAUCUUUUGCAAUUGAAUUACUAGAACUUCUUGUUACACUUAAAGAAUCCUGUUAUGUAGAAAAUUUUGAAGUAUUAACAUUUAAAGCUUGUGUAGCUAUAGUAACUGUCUAUCCCAAAGAAUGUGCUGAAUUUUUAUGCAGACAGUUUUAUUUAGAAGUAGAUAAAUAUUCUGUAAGUCAACGAUUAUUUUUUCUUGAUAUAUUAGCAGAAUCAGCAAGAAGAUUAUCGACUAUUUCAAUUCACGAAAAUAAAGAAGAUACAAUUAACGAACUUAAAAUAAAACGAAGAACAAGAGAAAUUUCAAAUAAAGUGUCGCUUCUUAUUAAUACUGAGAAAAGUCAACAAUACAGAAUACUGUACAGUGAUGACUUUGAUGAAUUUGAAAAGUCGGAAGAUAAAAUAGAAAAUUGGCAGGAAAUCGUUGAGAAAAGAAUUGAAUUAAAUACAAGAAGAUACGCACAUAGCACAAAAGCACCUAAAACAUUUAAAAAUAAAUUUGGAAAUGUCGUGUCUUCAUUUUUUUAUCCAUUGCUUUAUGGUUUUGGCAAACAAGAUACUUGUUUGAAUAGUGGAUUACAAAUUUUCACAGAUCAAGAAAAUAUUUUAUUAAUUCGGUUUUUGAAAACUUUAUCUACAAUAAUGAUAGCAGCACAGAAUUGUUUACUAGCUCCCAAAAUGGGAAAAGAAAUUUUAGAAUUAUCGUGGAUUUUGAGAUACCAUGAUGAAGCAAAAGUUAGAAUAGCAGUGAUAGAAAAUAUUGCAGCUGUAGUUAUUGCAAUACCAAAGCAUACAAUUGUAAAUGAAUUAUUUGAAACUAUUAUGGAAAUAAGACUGUGGCUUUUAGAUCUAUCUCAGAAUGUAAUCAAUGGUGAUCAUGACAAAGAAUGUAGAAAUUUAGGUGCCUCUGUAGUGUCUCUGAUUGAGUCUAUUAUAGGAACAAUUGGAUUAUCGCCAGUUACAAAUCUUCUUACUCCUACAUCUACUAAUUCCAAAAAUCAAACAUCCAGUAAUACAAAUAUACAAAUUGGUUCUACGUGGGCUGGUUCAGGAUUAAAUAUAGAUCUUGAUAAUAUAAUGGGAAGUAAAGUUAAACAUGCAGGACCUGCACCAACAAUGAAUCAAUUAGCAAGCAAUAGUCCACAACAUCAGCAACACCAAUGAGAUAUACAUCAUCAAUGAUUCAACCACAACAACAGCAACAGCAACAUUUAAAUCCAGCAUUUUUCCCUGCAUUUCAAUGAAACAUUUUUAAUAAAUAAAAGCUAAUAUUAGCAAAAAUAGAAAACAUAAACGAAAUAACUUGGAACUAAAAACCAAGGCUUGUUGUAAACAAUCUAUUUAUUUAAUAAAAAUGGAGAUAAAUUUUCUAUUUUCUGGGCAAUGCUGUCUAAUUAUACAGGGUGCAACUGUAAACAAUUGCUAUUAUAAAUGUCAGAACAAAAUGAUCAAUGAAAUAUAUAUUGCAUAAUUAUGUGUUCACAAACAGUUAAAAAAAAUUUUUCAAUUUUUGGAUUUUAUAUAUUUUAAGUUGAAUAAUUUGCUGAUGUUUUAUGAUAUGAAUUUUGUUACAAUUAUUUUAUUUAAAAAUGUAAUAAAAUUGCAAUUUAUUAAAAACUAAGUUGCAUAUAAUCAUAAUGAAUGCUAAGUAAAGUACUUGAUUAAUUUAACAUUCUGAACAGCUGCAUAGAUAUAUUUGUUAAACUAAUAAUUCUAGAUAAAAUGCGUUCCCAAAUAACAUUCUAUAAUACGAAUGUUAUACUUUUUUUGAUGAAUAUUUGUUAUUUGAAAAUCAUGUGGGAACAAAUCAGGUAAAUUUGUCUUAAAUCUUUUAUAUAUAAUGUAAAUUGAAUGAAUCAAGAUUAUGCCUUACAUGUAUAAUAUAUUAUAAGUAAUAUAUGCAUGAAAGUGAGUUAUAGAUACUCGGGAAAAAGAUGUAGUAUACUACUUUUAUUUACUAUUUGAUAUAAGGCAUUUUGUUUAAUGUUAUUCAAAUUUUUAAAAAAUAGAGAAUGUUUUUACAGGGGUUGAAUAUAGAAAAUAAAACUACUGCAGACUUUAGAAGACCGCAUUUACAUUAACGAUUUAAAAUGUAAGAAUGGUUUCACUUUUCUAUUCUAACUAUAAUUAUUUGAUAAUUGAUACUAUUCGUCUAUAAAAAACAGAAAGAUGCAAUAAUAUUACUAAUAAUAAGUGCUUCCCUACUACAGUUAGUUUUGCACUAGAGAAAAAAUGAUAUAAAAUUAGUAUUAAAAUAAAAAAAAGUAUAUAAUGCAGGAUACAAGAUUUUAUUAUUUCUAAAACAAGCACAGAAGCACAAAUCAGCGCAAUGGGACAUUUUUGGUGUUUCAAAAACGCUUCACUCAGCAUGGUGAUUUAAUAAUAUUAUAUGUUUAUGAUUUAUUGUAAAAUAUUUAACUUCGUAGUUAUGUAAUUAUAUAGUUAUAAAAAAUUCAUCUUUGUGAUUGAAUAAUGAUAUUCUACAAUUUUUGUAAGAUAGAUGACAAAAGGAAAAAUGAAGUAGCAUUUCCUUAGUUCUUUAUUACUAAUAAUGAAGAAAUGCAUAUCUUUUAAGAUAAUUGUUUAUGGGAUUCUUAAGAAAAAAAAUUAUUAAUAAUUAGACAUUAAUUAAUAUAUUAUUAAGUUCUGUUUAAUUUUAUGUGUACUGUUUAUUCUCAGUAAUAGCUUUGCUGCAUGAUACUGAAAUAUAUCUUAGAUAUAUCUUAGAUAACUGAAAUAUAUCUUAGAUAACUUGUUGUAGAAUGUUUAGAUAUUAAAAUAUUUAUUCGUGAGAAAAUGUUGGAAAAAUUGUUUGCAUGCUAUAUUUGUUAGUUUUAUUUACUAUUACAUAUAUGUGAUGUGUUUUACACAUAUAUUUGUAGUAAAAUUUUACUUUAAUAUAGUAAAUAUAAUCCGUUAUUUAUUGAAUAAUAGAAAUUAAAUUUAUAAAAUAUUUCAGAAUUUGCAGCAAAGUUGAAAUUUAUAUUUACACAUUUUCUUGGAUGAAUGAUUUAGAUAAUCUAUUGCUUAUAUAAUAUUCUAUAUAUUAAUAUCCAUAGAACAGGUGCCCUAAAUUUAUUCUAUGUGGUUGAAAGUAGUGUUAUGUCUGUAUUAAAAUUUUAUCAUUGUGUUAUCAAAUUUUGUUCAAAUCAUCUCACAAAGUUGAUGUGAAAUUAACAGGCUUCUAUGCGAGUAUCAGAGACUGAAUCUUGUAAGGGAAAAAUAAUCCUUUACAUUUUCCAUUAUUUGAGUAUUUUAUAAAGUGUACUAUUUGGUGUAGAUGGGAAUAUAUUUUUAAAGUAUUAAGAUAUAUAUACAUAAUAUGUAUAUGUUAGUAUAUACAUAUAUGUAUGUAUUAUUAUACAAAUAUAAACAAGCAUAGUCAAUAUAAAUAAAAACGGUUUCAUUAUCACUUGAACCGUGUGAGAGGCAUGAUUACAAUCUAGAAUUACAGAGGCCUUUAUAAAGUCAAGGUAAAAAUGAUGAAGAUUAUGGAAGAUUAUGGAACCUUUUUUUUGUUAGUAAAUAAGUUUUAUAAAUUUUUAUACAAAAUAUUGAAAAAUAAUUGUAUAUCCAAAAAGUUUUAUUAAUUCUAAAUUUGAAACAAAUAGAAAUCAUCAUUUUAAAUCAUUUUAUUAAAGUACACGUUAUUAAUUCCUAUUUAAGUAUGUAUUAUAUUUUUAUGAUAUUUUCGCGCGAUGAUAUUGUUCAUUGUACGCUUUAUGGAUAUAACUUAAUAACAAUUAAUUACAUUGUUCAUUACAAAUAAAAUUGUAUAAAAUUUGUAAUGUGCUGCUAUACAUGUGUAUGAAAUGAAUUACAAUUAUCGGCUAGUCUAAACUAACUUGAAGAAAAAAUUUGUAUUGUUAGAUAUUAUACACACAUGUAUAUCUAAAUUGCAUUUAUUACAAAAAAACCUUUCAAAAUAAGAAGUAACAAAUUAAAAUUAUUAAGCAAUAUGUAAGUACACGUACGGGUACAUAUCAAUAUUAAUCGCGCAUUUAAACUGCACGGCUAUUUAUAUAUGCCUUAUAAUUUUAUGUAAAGAUAUUACAGACUUGGAAAAUUAUUGUUCCUCUGAUGAAGUGUAUUACGUCGUUUAUCGGUAUAUAUGUGCGAAUGAUAACCAGUUACAGCUAAUUCGUCGAUUUUUGACUGAAUAUUGUUUACAGUAGUCACGGUAAUUGUAAUUGUUGAUUUCGGUAUUUAUACUUACAUCACAGGUUUAUCGUUAUUAAAUGCUCAUUGGUGCUGGUGUUAAUAUGAAUUGUUAACUAUUUUUUUUUAUUUUUUAAUUCUUAACAUGAUAUACCUUUCCCCAUAUUUGAAUUGCCCAAUUUAUUAUCCUGUCCAAUUUAACAUUUAAUUAAUUACAAUUCUAUUUUAUUCUAAAUUACAAUUUUAUUUAUUUCUGAUAUAAAAUAUUGGUAUAAAAUUUAAUUUUAAUUUUAUAUUUUUC